UGUUUUCGACAAGCUGGCAACACUGCAACCAUAAUAAAUUUGCCAUAAGCGUUUUAUAAUUUCUAUAUAAUUUUUUGUUUUCUUCUUAAAACCACAAUAAAUUGCAAAAAUUCUGCGCAAAAUCAAAGCGGCACUCCAACGCAAAAAGCCCCGACGCAAAGAAAAGCCAGUACAGCAACAGGCACAGCCGGAGACGAAGCGCAGCUGUCACCAGGACGACGCCCGGAAAAAGGAGCCCGCCGCCGCCAACAGCUCCUGCUGCCAAAUGGAAAGCCAACUGAAUCGCAUGAUUAAUCAGUCGCUGCGUCAUCCGCUCAGCGGCCAGCUCAGCAAGUACACGAAUGUGAUGAAGGGCUGGCAGUACCGCUGGUUCACGGUGGACGCCAAGACGGGCUUUCUCAGCUACUAUCUGUGCGAUUCGUCGUCGGUGGGCGAGGAUAUUGCGCCGUCGCCGCAUGUCCUGGCCAGCACGCCGCGCGGCCAGGUGCAGCUGGCCGGCGCUGUCGUCUAUCCAAGUGAUGAGGAUUCACGGACAUUCUCCAUUGCCUGCGCCUCCGGCGAUACGGUCAAGUUGCGUGCGAACGAUGCACGGGCGCGCCAGGAAUGGGUCGACGGGCUGCGCGCCGUGGUCGAGAGCCAUACGCAGGCCAUGGACAUAAGCAAUUCCUCGCCGCUGCCGCCGCGCGAGCUGCUGGCCGCCUCCGAUGCGAUGGUCUCGGCUCGCCAGGCGCUCUUCCUCACCGAGCAGUGCAAUGCUUCGCUGGCGCGCGCCAUUGAGAAUAUUGACUGUGCUUCCUUUUCGCCCACGGAUCCGGAUCUGUUGCUGCUCAAGGCCAUCUCCACGGCCAGCACCCAGUGCCUGCAUCAGUGUCUCAGUCUCCUCCAGCGCCAUCAGGAGAUCAAUCAGCCCUCGGGCGAGAUGACGCCCCCGAGCAUGGGGCUGGCUCUUCAAUAGCAGUUGCUACUUUAGCUCAGCUAAGCAUUUCAUGAAAUCAAAGCAAUAAAUUCGCCUUGUUCUAUGUGUCUGUGUGUGCGUGUAUGUGUAUGUGUGUGUAUGCUAAGCAAAUACUGUAAAUACUGUUUUUGAUUCCAUUCAAUUGCCUUGACAAAAUAUAAAAGCGCAAAAUUA